AUGAUGAAGAUCCGCAAUUACAACAGCGCUCACGCUUUUGCUUCGUUGGGAGCCAAGAUUUCGUCGCCGCCAGGUCGGAGACCAUACUAUGCUGCGCAGGCCAGCGAGUUCAGAGCGCAUUUCACCUCAAACGGAGAGUGCUGCAGGAAUUUGAUGGAAGAAUUGGACGCAAUGCUCCGAGAAAAUAAUCCCUACGCAGCCAUAUACAAGAUGAUGCGUCAAGUACUUGAAGAAGAGUACCGCCGAGCCCAAGAUGAGAUUCUACCGCACCAAACAGUGGGAAUGAUUAUUAGCAGUGAUCGAAGAAAUGUAGAUCAGAGACGCUACAACAACCCGACGACAAACGAGAUUGCUGUCAUUUUCAAAAGCGCAAACGGUGAGCCACCAGCGAAGAAAGAUAUCCGAGGCCAUCUCUUCAUCCCAGUCAGAGGGAGAACGAUCAUUCAGAUUGACACACAACAGCCCAUGUGCGACCCGAUGACUUAUCCCUUGCUCUUUCCCAACGGUGACGAUGGAUGGCAUGUAAACAUGCCUUAUACCACCACCACACGACGCGAAAGAGAAGAAGCAGCAGCACGGGAAAUGGAUGUGGAUGAAGAGGAAGAGAUCGGUCUCCCAAGACUGAAUGAGAUACUGCGUCGUGAAAAUCUUCCAGUACAAGCCCUAGCUGGUGAUGAAGAGCCGGUGGAAGAACUAGAACCGGAACCAGAGGAGCAGAUAGACGAAGACGAAAACGAUCCCCAAUGGUUGAAUCGUGGCCAAGAAAGACGAAAAAGGAUCACGCAAUGCGAAUUUUACAGCUCUCUCAUGUCGAUUCGGGAUUAUUUCAAUAAUGUCUUGGCCGGUGGAUCACUCACUCAACAAUGGACGGUCGAUUCUUACGUCAAGAUUGAAGCAAACCACGUCAAGUACAUCCGCGAACAUCAGGCGGAGCUUCACGUUGCACAGUACGACGGUCUCUUGGAUUACUUGCGCAAUCGAGCCGAGAGAGAAAACUUGACGGUCGGAUCGAAUCACGUCCUCCCAUCGAGUUUCAUCGGAAGUCCAAGGGCGAUGAAGCAAGCGUACCAAGAUGCAAUGGCCAUCUGCGGAAAAUUCGGCAAGCCGGUAUUUUUCCUGACGUUUACCUGCAACCCAAACUGGAGGGAAAUCACGGCCAACAUUCCCAGCCAUCUUUCAGCACCAGAUCGGCCUGAUAUAGUCGGAAGAAUUUUCCAACAAAAGGAGAUUGAGUUGGUCAACGAUAUUGAAAAGCGCCAAGUGCUGGGAUUUGUGACUGCUCGGAUACAUGUCAUUGAAUUUCAAAAGCGCGGAUUGCCACACUGCCACAUGCUCAUUUGGAUCGACGAGCGUGACGCCCCUGCUACCGCAGAAGAUGUGGAUGUUUUCUAA